AUGGAGCUCUCCGAGUUCUGGAACAGCUUGCUGAAGACCGUUCAGUACCUGUCUGCCUUCACGUCCGUCUCUCUCAACUGUAUUCUCAUCUUUCUGAUCCUGGCGCAUUCGCCUAAAAAGUUAGGACUUUACAAGUACCUCAUGAUCUACAUCUCCAGUUUCGAAGGUCUCUACUCCCUUUGGGACGUCACCACCGAGCCGGUAACCCUUUAUUUCCUCUCCGACAGAAGCAAAUGACUCGAUUCUCCAGAUGGUUCACUCCUACAAGGCCGCUUUCGUCGUUUUCCGCAACUUCAAGCACUCGGACUUUGACCGCGAGCAGAGUUUCAUUCUGAUUGUCGUCUACUGCGGAUGCUUCGGAUUCUCUCUCGCCAUCUUCGGAGUCCACUUCGUCUACCGUUACGGAGCGGUCGUCAAAGAUUUCCGGGACCGUUGGCUCGGAGGAAAGAAGAUCUGCAUUCUAUUUUUUAUACCAAUAUUCUACGGGGCAUGGUGGUCCGUUCUCUGCUAUCUCUACUUCCAUUUCGACCAAUCAACAGACAAUUAUAUGAGGUUGGUGCUCAAUGAAUGAAAACAAUUUACGUCUCGAAGGAGCGAGCUUAUGGUGAUGUACUUUGAGAACUCCCGGAAUAGUGACGGAUGCGUGGGAAAUUAAUAGCGCCCCUAUCUGAAAUUAAUAGCGCCCCUAAGCAGUAGGGGUUUAACUUGCAGGAGGACAAUCUUCGACGGCUAUGACACUCAAAUCGAGGACAUUUCCUACAUAAUAGUCCUUUUCUACCCGCAGGACGAGUUCGGAGUCGCUCAUCCGGACUAUGCCAUGUUCGCUUCGAUCGCUUGCAUGUGGUUCAUGAUCGUCAGUUCCCCUACCAGUUUCCUCAUAAUAACUCUUUCAUUUCAGCUCAGUUCGGUCUUUUGCGUCUUCUUCUUCGGAGUCAAGUGCUAUCUCCAGAUCUCUCACGCUCUCGCCAAGACGAACACGGCCUCUUCCGUCACGAAAAGUCUGCAACAGCAGUUGUUCCAGGCGCUCGUCGUCCAGGUAUCCGUUCUCGUUCGAUCUCCCGAGGCCACCCCUCUCCGCAGACGUUCAUCCCCCUUAUCCUCAUGUACAUUCCCAUCGCCGUCCUUUUCAUUUUCCCGAUGAUCGCCGUCGACAUCGGCUUCGCGAGCAGCUUUAUCGCCAUGACCAUCGCCGUCUACCCUGCCAUCGACCCUCUUCCCAACAUGUUCAUCAUCAAGAACUACCGCAAAGCGGUGCUCGGUCCGUUCCGCCUAUUUUUUUGCUCAAUCUCUCUGCUCUUAGAGUUCUUCAAAUGCGUCUUCAAUAAUCAGUGCUCCUCUCUGCGCCGUGCUCAACGUACUCAAAUAGAGUUGGCCGGCAAAAGCGAAACUGUUCAGAACAUCGGAAUCCUUUGA